AUGAGAAAGAAAUACUCAGUAGUGAAUGGAUUUUCAGUCAAAAAGACUGAGCCUGCCACAUUAGCACCCAGGGCAACUAGCAAGAGCAGCAGUAGCGGCGGUGAUAAGAAUAGCAGCCGUAGUAAUAGCAGCAGUGGUAAUAACCCCAACAUAAACAAUGACAAUUACGACAGUAGUAGCAAUGAACAGGAUAAAAAAAAGUCGAUACCUGUCGAAACGAAUCCUACAAAGAAACAAAAAGGACAACAGCAGCAGCGACAUCGAAAUAUUGCACGAGAAAAGAACGAGCGAGGAGGAUUCAAAUCGACUGAGGAGCGUAAACUAGCACAACUGAUCCCAGUCCUGGAUGAGGAUGGGAUCAUUAUCGAAGACCAUUUUAUAUCACCCAGAGAUACUGAUGGAGAUGGUAUUCCAGAUUCAUAUGUGCUGUUACGUCCAGCUCCAUCCUCAGAGUAUAUGGCAGACAUUGGCCUCUUUGAUGAUGAUAUUGCACCUCCAAUCCCUGCAGUCCCAUCUUUAGCCACUAUAACAGCGCCAGCAGCAACCACAACUACAACAGGCACAAAUUCGGAGGCAAGCAUCAUGGGAACUAUUUCUGUAGCUGAAGCGAACAGCCUUGCAUCUGCCACAGCUUUCGUUCCUCUUUAA